GGAGCUGUGACUCUAGUCCUCUAUUUAAACGUCCAAAACAAAAACCCAAGCCUGAACUGCAUAGUCAGCACUCAGGAGCGAGAUGGAAUCGUCGGGUGGAGGGAAGAGAGAAGAGGAGGAUGUUGGAAGCUACAACAGCAACAACGUGAAGAAAGCAAGGUUGCAUUCAACGCUGACAGCUCUAUUGGACGAUCCUAUACUUGCUGAUGUCCCCAAGGAACCAACCUUAUCGGAUGUUGACACUCUCAUCAACUUAGAAUUGGGCAGCGCCAUGCGGAUCUCUGUUAUCAAAUUGGAUUCUACAUCCUUCGAUGUUGCGGUGUUGAAUUCGGCUACGGUAAAGGAUUUGAAACUGGCAAUCAAGAAAAAGAUAAACGAUAUGGAGCAAUCGAAAAUGGGGCAUCGCCACAUUUCAUGGAAGCACGUUUGGGCAAAUUUUUGCCUUUCAUACUAUAAUGAUAAGUUGAUUAAUGAUGAUUCUGCCCUUCAAGAUUUUGGCAUACACAAUAAUUCUCAGGUGCAUUUUGUCCCCUUCAUCAUGUCAAAGGGUUCUCAGAGGCAUUCUAGGAGGAGAAAACAUCGAUUCUUUCAUGGUCUUAACAAACGUAUAUGAACAAUCAAUCAAUGCUUCACGGCAUGCUGUUGUUAAGUUCCUGAGUCUAUGGCAUGUUUGGAGGUCUGAUGGAAAGGAAAUGAUUGCCUUCAAUGCUUUGGAAGGAAAAAACCCAUCCCUUGUGAAACUCUGGACUUGGUCCCUGGUCAUCUGAAAGUAGAUUCAUCUCUUAUGCAUUGUAACUCACAUAUCCUACUAGAGAACAAAUAUUUAUAUGGGUUGCCUGACUGCCCCCUCAGUUGUUCAUAACAUUUGAAAUGAGUACUUCGAUUGCAUUCUACUAUCCAAUGAAAUACCUCAAAUUUUUCCACCUAAAA